AUGGGCUGGUUCUGGGCAGACCCUGUCCCGGUGGCAGCGCAGCCUCCUGCUGGCCACCCCCAAUUCAAAGCUGGCAUGGCUCCUCCUCCCGGAUGUCCGAUGCACCAGGAAUCAGCAAACAAACUUGCCGUCAAAGAUACGCCGCCGCCCGCCGCUCCGGCGCCUCCGUCCUCGUGCCCGAUGCGAUCCGACGACAAAGCACCCGAGCAAUCCAAAUCCAUCAUGUCCCAGCUCAACCCUCUCAACUACAUGUUCCCUGAUCUAUCUCAGAAGCGCGCCCCGAACCAAAAGUUUGCGCUGCCCACCACGCGAGAGGAGUCGACUAUCCCCAAGGGCUCUGGCGACGGCACCUGGGAGUACCCAUCUCCCCAGCAAAUGUACAACGCUCUGCUGCGCAAGGGUUAUACCGAUACCGAUGUUACCGCUGUCGAAUCCAUGGUUUCCGUUCACAACUUCCUAAAUGAAGGUGCCUGGGAUGAGAUUGUCGGUUGGGAGAAGCGUUUCGCCAAGGGUCUCUACAACGGCUGGAAGGUGUGCAGACGAGGCGAGGGGCAUGUGCAGGAGGAACUUGACCGUACCUGGGAUGGUGUAGAGGUCGAGCCUUCACUCAUCCGCUUCCAGGGAAGACCUAAGGAAAUGACACCCAGAGCUGCAAUGCUCCAGGUUCUGAGCUGGAUUUACCCUUCCCAGUUUGAAACCGAGCCACCUUUCGAUCGCCACGACUGGUAUGUGUCCCGUGAGGUCAAUGGACAGCGCAAAGAGAUCCGCUAUGUCAUUGACUACUAUUCUGGCGAGCCCGAGGCUGACGGAGAGCCCACCUUUGUGCUGGACGUCCGACCAGCAGCGACACCACAGGGCUCUGCUGAGCGUAUUAUCCGAUGGAGCACAGAUGUGUGGUGGAAGGCAAUCGGCGGCGACAAGCGAGAGCAGGAUCCCCAGCCGUUCUUCCGCUUCAACAACCCCAAGCCUUUUGGCUAA